GGCAAUGGCUGGUUUUGGAUUUAUAAAUGUAAUGAAAUCCGUUGAUCGAUUUGUGAGAAGUAAUGGCGUUUCCUUGGUGGCUAAGGCGCCGCCGCCAUCGCUAUCGCCGUCAAGCUGUUUCUUUAUGCCCCUAAAGAGAAAAGGAAUAGGGUAUCAAUUACAACUCUACUGUUGCAGUAUUAGUAAUAACGACAGUGAUAAGAGUUGUUACUUGACAUUGAAGGAUGAAGAGCUGAUGCGGCAGUGCGAGAUGACCAGGUUCAAAGCGUCCGGCGGCCCUGGCGGUCAGCACCGUAACAAGCGAAAGUCCGUCGUUCGUCUCAAGCACCUCCCUACCGGUAUCGUUUCCCAGGCCGUUGAAGACCGAUCCCAGCACAUGAAUCGUGCUUCUGCCUUAGCUCGUCUCCGCACUCUUAUUGCUCUCAAAGUCAGAAAUCCCGUCUCUCUUGAAUCAUACUCUCCUCCUCCCGAGCUUCUUCAAAUUCUUAUUGGUAUAUGCGUCUUCCCACUUUAAUUUUGGUCAUUUUAG